AGCCUAGCCAAGAAAGAAGAAAGGUUAAACAAUAAAGUCUUUUUGGAGAAUUCUCGACCCUUUUCUUUCUUCCCAAACGCGGAUUCACAAAUAGAACUGGCCUUUGAAGGAAUCCCAUUUUCUCCUUUAAAAAAGAGACCCUUUUUUCGUGGACUCAUCUUGGAAAUCUCUUGUGCCACUCAUACCCACCAUUUAAGAUUCAACCCAAGAACGGGAACGGCAAACACCCAUCAUUUCUUUUCGUGUCUCUUGUUCCAGAUCUAGUUUAAAGUUGUUGAAUUUCUCGCAGGAUUUCGAUUUCUGGGAUAAACCCUUGAUUGGAAUUUGGAAAUUUGGAAUUGGGUUGGAGUUGUUAUGGCAACAGCGGCGAUAUUCUCUUCUCUGAGGAGAAGAAGGUCGCCGUCUCUGGAGGCCUUCUUGGCGCCCGUUGACUUGAGCGAUGUGGCACUUGUACAGAUGCUGGCGUCGAUUGCGGCGACGCUUGUUUGUUGCUUUUCCGAAAAAUGUUUCUUCUUCCAGCGGAGGAAUUCUCGGUCUUUGAUUCGGAAGAUUGAGGUCUUCGUAGUGCUGUUGGAGUACUUGAAGGAGUCAGGUUCGACCCUGCCUUCGACGGUAACAUUGUGCUUCAAGGAGCUGUAUUUGCUGCUCUACAGGUCCAAGAUACUUCUUGAUUAUUGCGCUGAAUCGAGUAAGUUGUGGCUUCUGCUCCAGAACCAUUCGAUUUCAGGUCAUUUUCAUGAUUUGAACCAGGAGAUAUCUACACUUCUGGAUGUAUUCCCCAUGAAAGAUGUUGAAUUGAGUGAUGAUGUUAGGGAGCAGGUUGAGCUGUUGCAGAAACAAUCUAGGAGUGCAAAAUUGUAUAUUGAUGGAAAUGAUGAAAAUUUAAGGCUUAGAUUCUUUUCCUUUCUUGAUGAGUUUGAGAAUGGGAGGAUACCCAAUCCUGUGGAGUUGAGAGUGUUCUUUGUGGAGAGAUUGGGAAUAACUGAUGCCAAAAGUUGUAGGGGUGAAAUUGUGUUUCUGGAGGAGCAGAUAGUCAAUCAUGAGGGUGAUGUUGAGCCUACAGCUUCUGUGCUUAAUGGGUUUGUUGCAAUUACCAGGUAUUGUAGGUUUCUGCUAUUUGGCUUUGAGGAGGAUGAGAUAGAGCUUGGUUCUGGAAAUCAGAAGAAGCUGAGAAAAGGGUUGAUAACUCAGGAGAUUGCAGAUACGUUUCUAACAGUUCCUAAGGAUUUUAUUUGUCCAAUAUCAUUGGAUUUGAUGACAGAUCCGGUGAUAAUAUCAACAGGGCAGACUUAUGAUCGGAGUUUCAUAACUAGGUGGAUGGAGGAAGGGCACCGUACUUGUCCAAAGACGGGGCAAAUGCUUGAGCAUACUCGCCUUGUUACUAAUCGUGCCUUGAGGAACUUGAUCAUGCAGUGGUGCAUUGCAAAUAGAAUCCCAUAUGAUCCACCAGAAACCACAGAAGCAUCUGCGGAGUCUUUUGCAUCUGUGCCUAGCAAAGCUGCAAUUCAAGCCAAUAAAGCCACGGCAGAACUUCUUAUUCAACAGCUAGCAACUGGGUCUCAAGGUGCAAAGACUAUAGCAGCACGUGAGAUUCGCUUGUUGGCAAAAACAGGAAAAGAAAACCGAGCUUUCAUUGCAGAAUCUGGGGCAAUACCACAUCUCCGAAAGUUGUUGUCCUCUACAAACCCUGUUGCUCUAGAAAAUUCUGUUACUGCAAUGCUUAAUUUAUCUAUUUAUGAGAAAAAUAAAAGUCGGAUCAUGGAGGAGGAAGGUUGUUUAAGAGCAAUUGUGGAAGUCCUGAGGUUUGGCCUUACAACAGAGGCAAGGGAAAAUGCUGCGGCUACAUUAUUCAGUCUUUCUGCAGUACAUGACUAUAAGAAGAGGAUUGCAGAUGAAGGUAAGGCAGUUGAAGCCCUAGCUGGAUUGUUGAGAGUUGGGACCACAAGAGGGAAGAAAGAUGCUGUGACUGCCUUAUUUAACCUGUCAACCCACACAGAAAAUUGUGUGAGAAUGAUAGAGGCUGGUGCUGUUACAGCCCUGGUAUGCGCAUUGGGAAAUGAAGGAGUUGCAGAGGAAGCAGCAGGUGCCUUGGCCUUGAUUGUUAGGCAGCCAGUAGGGGCCGAAGCUGUUGGGCAAGAGGAAAUGGCAAUAGCUGGAUUAAUAAGGAUGAUGCGAUGUGGAACACCAAGAGGGAAGGAGAAUGCAGUUGCUGCAUUGCUUGAGUUGUGCCGUUGUGGUGGGGCUGCCACAACAGAAAGAGUCCUUAAAGCCCCAGCAUUAGCUGGUUUGCUUCAGACUCUACUGUUUACAGGUACAAAGAGGGCAAGAAGAAAAGCAGCAUCGCUUGCUAGAGUGUUUCAGAGGAGUGAGAAUGCAGCCUCGCAUUUUGGUGGAUUGGGUGUUAGUCCUGUUAGAUCUGCAUUCGAAGGCAACUCCACCACUAACAGGGAUUCAAGCUUCGCCAAUGAUGUUUCAGUUCCCAUGUCUAUCUCAGUACCUGUUUUGUAACCGUAACAUCACCUUAUGGUGUUGUCAUACUUGCCGAUAUAAGCUAUAAUUUUUGGUGGUAACAUUUACAAUUCUUUCAUUGAAAGUCCAGAUAAUGAGCAAAAAGGAAUUAUUACAGAUUCACUGUACAUUACCUGUUGUGCAUUUAGUCUGAUCUUAAUGUAUGUACUGUCCAGUGAUUGAGAACUAGAUAAUGCAAAAUACUCUACCAACUAAGAUAUUGUCAAAAUUUUAUAAAUGCGUUAUGGUUAG